GAAAAAAAGGAGGGCUGCAGGGCCACCUCAUCCUCCCCUUUCUCUGCUGAAAGAGGGACAUCUAUGUCCGGCGUGGGGAAGGGGCCAGUGCUCUCUUUCCCCCGCAGAAGCAGCUGAAAGCAGGCUCUGUUGCUGAUCCAAAGCUGCCAGGUUUUUUUUUCUCUCAACAACUAAUAUCAAUUCCUUUGCGUUAAAACUUACUCAACAGUGUUCUCGGUGAGGGGAUUCUAGUUCCACUGAUCACACAGAGGGAUGGAAAAUUCCUGACGUGUGGCUUGGUGUAGCACAUCGAGCACGCCGGGUGUCACACACACAAACCAGAAAACACAGAGUGCUGCGAGAGGUGAAGGAGCUCUGGGAAGUCACAGCGUGUCACACAGAGCGUGGGAGCUAAAUAUCAACACCAGGAAACUUGGAGCGUUGCUGAAAGUGGAAUGCUGGGAAGCUGUCAUGUCAAAACACGCUGCGGGCUGUCUCUGCUGGUGGAUGUGCUGGAACAAGCUUUCUCAGCCAUCCCUGGUCAGGGAUGUGAACAUCGGUAUAGAGAUCUUGGGCCUUGCCUGUGAUCACAGAUACCUUACUGUGUGUAGAAGUAGACACUUAGUGGAAAGGCUCCUCACUGGUUGCUCCAGUGCACAUAGUCAGUGAAGAGUCAGCUGACAAAACUAACCUGGGCUUUAUUCACGCCUUCGUGGCUGCUAUAUCGGUCAUCAUCGUGUCGGAGCUGGGCGACAAGACCUUCUUCAUCGCGGCCAUCAUGGCCAUGCGCUACAACCGCCUGACUGUGCUGGCUGGUGCUAUGCUGGCCCUGGGACUGAUGACGUGUUUAUCAGUUUUGUUUGGCUAUGCCACCACGGUUAUUCCUCGUGUGUACACGUACUAUGUGUCAACAGCACUGUUUGCAAUCUUUGGCAUCCGAAUGCUUCGGGAAGGCUUGAAAAUGAGUCCAGAUGAAGGUCAGGAAGAGCUGGAGGAAGUUCAAGCAGAAAUUAAAAAAAAAGAUGAGGAACUUCAGAGAACUAAACUGUUAAAUGGGCCAGGAGAUGUGGAAUCUGGGCCAGGCACCACUAUACCUCAGAAGAAGUGGCUACACUUUAUUUCACCAAUCUUUGUUCAAGCUUUUACUUUAACAUUUUUAGCAGAAUGGGGCGAUCGUUCCCAAUUAACAACCAUAGUCUUGGCUGCCAGAGAGGACCCUUAUGGUGUGGCAGUAGGAGGAACGGUGGGACAUUGCCUAUGCACUGGUUUAGCAGUUAUUGGAGGGAGAAUGAUAGCACAAAAAAUUUCUGUUAGGACUGUGACAAUCAUAGGAGGCAUUGUCUUCUUAGCAUUUGCAUUUUCUGCACUAUUUAUAAGUCCAGACUCUGGUUUUUAAAAUUUUUCAUUGCUGUAAAAGAACAAGGAUUGGAAGCAUCAAGCAGUUAUCCUUGUGGAUUUUUGUAUAUAAUGUACAGAAUUCUAGUUAAACAAUGCUGAAGAUGAGACACUGAACUUUUUAUAGCAGAUGAUUCAUGGGACUGAUGCAUUCAUGGAGAGCUUCUGCACUGGAGAUCUGCUUAUUGUCUGGUUUGUUUGUGCUGUGGUGCCUGCUCCCGUGGUGGGAUUUGAGUGGUUUUCUCACUUGCUGGACCUGGCUCAGCUGAGUUCAAGGAUCUACUCUCCGAAGUGUUGAGAAUUCCUCUUUUCUUCCUCUGAUACACACAACCACCUUUCCUGGUUUUUCAAGAGCUGAUUCUUCAGGCCUCUUGAAGCAGACUGUGUUAAGGAGAAAACUGCUGGCUCCACCUCCAAAGAUGGUGGUUCCAUGGUGCACCUGAGGCUGGAUAAUCUAAGCAACAAGAAACCUGGCAGCAGGUUCUGGAACCUAUGCCAUCCAGUGGCUGAGCCACCAACAGAGAAUGUUAUAAACUUAAUUUGGAGGGAAAACUUCUUAAUCAGGGAUUUUUAUCAGGAAUUUAUGUGGGAUGAUUAACAACCUACUGUGUUUAAUAUGCAAUCUGGCGGGAGCUAGUAUUAUUUGAUUUCUUUUUAUUUUAUAUAUUAAGGUACACAGAAAGUAAUUAAGUGGUCCAACUUAACCAUGUUCUAUUCCCAGGACUGAGCAGCAAUGGAAUUCAUAGGUUUAGAUGUAUUCCUGAUUUUUAUUUUUAGAACUAGAAAUGUAAUCUGGAAGAUUAUUAAUAAAACAUAGUGUC